UGUGCAUCGGAAGUCGAUACGCGCCCAAAGGCAGUUGAUAAAGCAAAAUUCAAAGCUAAAUGGCCUGAAUGUGAAUGUGGCCAAGACACGGCCGCGGAUCCCCACUCCGGAGGUGGCAAAAGACGGCAGCACGAAUCCAGGACACCCAGCCACAGCGGCCCUGGCGCAGGCCAUCAACAUGAAGGAUGGCUUUCCAGCAGUCAGCAGAGAGUACCGGGCACAGAUACUCCCGCAGAUGCAGAUGCAGAUGCAGAUACUCCAACCACAAUCUCUCUCCCCUCGAUUCUCGAUUCCGAAGCCUUCUCCGCUGCCACGAACAUCACCACGCUGUCGUUUCCCUUCACGAUGGCCAACAGCAGCGGCGGCGGGGACACCAUUCCCACGGGGACCCUGAGCAUCCUUCCCAUCGCGGCGAACGCCCAGCUGCCGACCAUCACGACAACGGCCAGUGGCUACGAGCCCAAUGACGUCAUCACCACGAUCCCCGUCUCGCUCUCCAUUCAGCGCUCCCCCUCGUCCCUGUCCAUCGUGGACCUGGCCCAGGAGCAGGACGGCUACAGCAACAGUGGCUCCAGCAACGGCAUGACCGUGGGGCCGGGUGCGGGCGGCGGCGGCGGCAUCACCACCACGUCCCUCCUGUUCGUGAAGCCCCUGAACGGCAGCGGAAAACGGCAACGGCAACGGCAACAUUUCGCGGAACAACAGCUUCAGUCUGAGCCUCAACCUGCAGGACCCCACAGUGCGCUCCUCGGUGCGUUCGGCAGGAGCCCCCACAGUGGAUACAGUGGACAACUCUUCAUCCGUUGGCACGAUCGCCCUGCCCCAGAGCGGCGCCACGGCAACGGUAACGGCAGCGGCCACGAGUGCUCGCUUAACCCUCGCCAAACACAGUCCCGAGGCCAAGACAGGGGAGGUCUAUGUCUGAGCGGAGGAACAGGACACCUAUUCCGACCCAUCCACUGGAUCCACUGGAUAGCUUUCGUCGUAGGUUUAAGCACCCCCUUCCAGAACCACUGAUACGAUAUUAUCAUCUAGGAAAGAGAACAAAACAAGAGUAAUCCUCUCUUCGGAUUGUACAUACAUAUGCACACAUCAAUAUACAUACAUAUAUAGCCCACAGACGGAUCGUAUCGUAAUGGAUCGUAUCGUGCGGCACACGCGAGUCUUUCUCGAUAGUUGGGCGAAUAAAUUACGAAUAAAAUCUUUACCAAGAGAAUCUCCAUUAUAUUACCCGUGCAAACAUUGGACCGUGUAAAUACUUUGGAACCCCC